ACCAGGAUCAAUGUGAGACUUCAUUUAAGCGCCCAAGGAACUGUUCCCCAUCCCAAUCAGGACCGUUCUGGCAACAUGGCGCGGACGUUGGACCAAUUUGUUAUUUUUACCACCGACUCAGUCGGCAUUGAGCGCAUCCUGCGUCUGUUCCAGGCACUGGCGCAGGUCUUUGCAUCCUGCGCCCUACCAUUUGAGCUGCUGCUCACUCUUAUCGCGACAUGGACAGGCCGUGAGGCAUCACCGGAGCUUACCCUGGCCAUCUUGGUCUCGCUCAAGCAGCGUUUCAACCUGGCACGCCGCUUCUUCCGCAUCUUCCGCUUCGUCGAGUCCUUUCGGGACGCGCAAAAGCUGUACUCCUCCGUCCAGGAGAAGCAGGGCUCCCCGGCCUCGCCUUCCACGAGAGUGGUCGGCGCCGACGUGUGGCUCGACAUAUUCGCCAAGACCUUCAACGGCAUGUACCUGCUCCUCGAGACGUCGACCAUGCUCGACGUGCUCGACAUCGACGGGCUCGCCGUCUGGGACCGCGCGACGAGGACGAGCAUCAACAUCGAGGCCCAGCGCUUCUGGCUGUUCGCGCUGGUCUGCGGCAUGCUCUCUGGCCUGUGGAAGAUGUUCUGCAUCAUGGCGUACGCGCCUGUGCCGCAGGUAGUCGCCGUAGGAGGAGGCGCCGCUGCAGAUGGCGGCGUGGCAGAGAAGGAGAAGACCCAAGGUAGUAGCAAAGACGAGGCGACUGCGCUCAAGGAGGAGCAGGCUCGGCUGCGCGAGGUCGCAGCCGACAGAGAGGCUCGUCGGCAGCAGACACGAACCAAGAUGUACAAGCUUGGACGCGGGGCGUUGGCUUGUGCGUUUGAUAUCACGAUUCCAGGAGCGGUCGUGGGCUGGCUUGACCUGGAUGAUGGCACAGUCGGGUCGGCUAUGGUGGUAAGCACCAUCCUAACUGGCCUGGCUGUCUGGGAGAAGUGUGGCGAGCAGCUUUAAAAACUGCCUGGUGCAGCUUCACCAAAGUCUUGUAUUUAGACAUAGACAUAGACAUGAGUGGUUUAUAUAGUAGAAAGAGGCGUGGUGUUAGGUACGAUGCUGGGUCUAUUGGCUUCAUAUAGAUAUAGACUUCAGCGAUGACAAGAGAUGGUUAUGGGAGUUGAGCUUUGAGCAGCACGGUGGCCAUCAUAAUUCAUGUCUUGCACCCUA